AUGGCGUCUGGUUAUGGCCGCUCACCCUACGACUCGGUCCGCCAGUUCGACUCGCAGCCGCCCUCACGCAGCGGUUACGAUUCCUUGGAUCGCGACCGUCCUUCCGCUCACGCGUCUUAUCGCGAACGGUCCCGAUCGCCGCGACGAUCCGACAGUCUCGCCGGCGCCUCACGGGAUCGCGACCGCUACGGUGUAACUGACCGGUCAGGAUUCUCCGGAAGGGACCGGGAGCGCGAACGGGACAGAGAAGCAGGCCGAUCCUACGAUCGUGACAGGGACAGGGAUAAGGACAGUUAUCACGAUCGGGACCGCGAAAAGGCUUCUUCUCGCGAGCGGGAGAAAGAUCGCGAUAGAGGCGACGGUCGAGAUCGACCCUCGGGAUUCAGCGACCGGUACGAUUCUGCCGGCCGGAGCAGCAGCGGCGGUUACCGUGACGACAAGUACGACCGCGAUCGUGACGACCGGUAUGAUCGCGAUCGUGACGACCGGUACGGCGUGUCUGGCAGCAGGUUCGGCGGCGGCGGGCCUAUGGGGAUGGGAGGUCCACCGUUAGGUCCGCGCGGAAUGGGAGGUCCGGGAGGAGGUCCGGGAAUGAGCGAUCGGUGCAACGCGUGCGGCGGGGUUGGGCACUGGGCGCGUGAGUGCCCGAGCAAGUUCGGCGCGCGAGGCGGGUUCGGCGGAAGGUUCGGCGACGAUGGGAUGGGACCCAAGUGCUACGAAUGCGGGCGGAGGGGACACGUGGCACGAGAGUAA